AUGGACGCGGGGGUUUUACUCAGCAGCAGCAGCAGCAGCAGCAGCAACAUGCCGCUGCUGCAGCGUGUGGUUACAGCAGAAGAAAUAGCAGCAGAUACAAGGCUAUUUGCUGCUUUUCAGUGGGCAAUAGGCAUUGGAGAAGCGCAGCAAAUACUCACUCGCCCAGAAGAAGAGGCUGCUGCUGCUCCUGCUGCUGCUGCAGCAGAUCAGGAGCAGCAGCAGCAGGAGAAGCCAACCAUCAAAUUCAGAGGUUGGGAACCUGGCCCCAAGUGGUCAGCAGCAAACCGCAGGAGGAUUGCGAAGGCCCUCAGCAGCGUGCUGCAGGAACCCUGUCGCGCUAUCCUUUGUCCUUCGCCUUGGGAAGAAGACAGCAGCAGCAGCAGCAGCAGCAGCAGCAGCAAUGGGGGCGGCAGCUCUGGCGGAUGCAGCAGCGUCAAUAGCAGCCAGCAGCAGCAGCAACAGCACCAUCAUCAUCAUUCCCAGGCAAGCAGCAGCAGCACCUGCAGCAGCAACAGCAGCAGCAGCAGCAGCAGCAGCAGUAUGAUGGCUGGUGCGGUUUCUCCUUUGGGGCUGAGGCUUGAAGUGAAGGACAUAGGUCUUGUUGCUGCUGCUGUUGAUGUCUGCAUUAUAAAAGAAGCAAAGGGCAGAGCCUUUGUACCCUUCCACACCUUGCUUAAGGAGACACCUAUCUCUGUCUUUCUUACAGACUUUGUCUCUUCUGCUAUUAAAGCCUCUGUUUGUAGAGGGCCCAGAGGCGUCCCUUUGAUGGUUUACGAGCGGCUGUCUCUCGAUGCAUUUGCACGCGAACUUCACCUGGGACACAAAAAACAAACGUUUGCUGCUUCCACAGACUUAAAUGCUUUUGCUGCUGCUUUUGCUGUUGUUGCUGUUGCUGCUGCAGCUGUUGCUUCUAAGGCAGUAGGCGAGGCGCUGCGUCGCCUGAAGAUCGGGUGGGUGAUGCCGCUAGGGAGAAUGCGUCUACCUUUUGAGAGCAGCAGCAGCAGCAGCAUUAAGCCACGAGCUGCAGCAGCUGCCGCUGCAGCAGCAGCAGCUGCUGCUGCUGCCGCAGGUACUGCAGCUGCACCACCGGGACAGCAGCAGCAGCAGCAACAGCUGCAGCAGGAUGGACUAGCUGCAGGCGAUGCUGCAGUUGCAGCAGCAGCUGCAGCAGCAGCAGCAGCAGCUACUGCUGCUACUCCUAUCCCUAAGAAGAGAGGUCGCGCGAAGCAAGAGCAGCAGCAGCAACAGCACGGGCAGGGGAAGCGGCAGCAGCAGCAGCAGCAGACUGAAGGACAAGCAGCAGUAGCAGCAGCAGGAACGAAGGUGAAGGUUGAUGACGCUGCUGCAGCAGCAGCACAACCGCGACUCACCAACGGCCCCACAGCACCAGCAGCAGCAGCAGCAGCAGCAGAUGAGAGCUCGAGUGAAGAAGAAGACAAGCCGCAGCAGCACGUCAGCAAGAAAGGGAAGAAGGUAAUAAUGCCUUCAGGCCUGUCAAAGUCUGCAGAUACACCCCAGCAGCAUCACCGCAUGCAGCAGCAGCAGCAGCAGCAGCAGCAGCAGCCGGUCCCCAUGGAUAGUUCAGAUGACUCGAGCGACGAAGACGACAAUUGA